ACUUUUCAUAAAUUUUGUCAUUUGAUUGAAUCAUGUCAAAUGGAUGACAAAGGAAAAGAACUUUGUCCACGCUUGAUUGACUACUUGGUGAUAGUUGGUCGACGUCGUGGAAAAUAUAUAUCUCAGACAAGUAUUGGUGAUGCAUCAUCAUCAUCAUCAAUAUCACAAAGUAUCACAACUCCUGAAUUGUUGAGGCGCUAUCCGAAUAAUGAUCACAAGGAUUUUUAUCUCCCUACCGAUGUUACAGUAUUUUGUCAACCUGAAGGAUGUGUCACAAAAGAAGUACCGCGACAUUCUCUUUCUCAUCGAGAAACAAGCAGUUUUGUAUUCACGUUGACAGAGAAAGAUUCGGCAAAAAUUCGAUAUGGCAUUUGCUUAAAUUUCUUACAAAGUUACGAAAAGAAUCGAGCUGUAUCAACGGAUGAUAAAGGCAUUUUGUGCAGUAAUCGUCCUCAUAAAAGAUUGGAUCAAAGGCUUUCAUUAACAAGCUUAUGCUUAAUUAGCCACCAUCCAUUUCUUUCCACAUUUCGAGAAUUGUUGUUAUUAUUGAAGAAAUUGAUCGAUGGUUGUAGCCAGAGACUUAUCGACGAUGGACAAUAUUCAAAAGAUAUAAUUUGGGCAGCACUUACGGGUUGUUGGACAGAACCAAUUCCACCCAGAGUAAUGCAGAAUAUUCGAGAAUUGGAAACAUGGAUCCUGAUGCUAUUAAGUGCACCUGUUUCUGUUCCAGGAAAAACCAAAGUACUUUUAGAGGUGUUGCCAUCAAAUAUUUUGCCAAUUUUUGAAUUUGCUCUUCCUGAUCAUACACGAUUUUCUUUUGUUGAUUUUCCACUUCAUUUACCCCUUGAACUUCUUGGAAUCGAUACAGCAAUGAAAGUAAUGGCUGCUAUAAUGCUUGAAUCAAAGGUUGUUUUACAAUCACGCAAUUACAAUGCUGUCAGUAUGUGCGUAUUAGCACUUGUUGCAUUAAUGUAUCCGUUGGAAUAUAUGUUUCCUGUUAUACCUUUGCUUCCUUCCUUUAUGCCAUCAGCUGAACAAUUGUUAUAUGCACCGACACCAUUCGUAAUUGGAGUACCAGCAUCAUUUUUUGCUCAUAAAGCUAUUGAUAUACCAAAUGAUAUUAUUGUUGUCGAUCUUGAUACGAAUCAAUUGUUGAUACCAGAUGAUAUCAAUAUUCCUGAUAUGCCAGAACCAGAUUGCACUGAAUUAAAGAAUAGUUUGCGUAAAUCGUUGGAUCAAUUAUUGCUAAAUAUACCAGGAAUGGAAUCAGGAAAUGAUGAAACGGUUGAGACAGAUUACACGUUGGAUAGUGACGUUGUUGAUAUUUCUGUCCGUGUUGCCAUGAUUCGCUUUUUUAAUAGUGCAAAUGUAUUUGCAAAUUUCUGUGAACAUACACGUACGUUACGUCUCUAUCCGCGACCAGUUGUUGCACUUCAAACGGAAUCCUUCCUACGUAGUCGUCCACAAUUUACACAAUUUAUUGCUGAACUUUGCAAAACCCAAGCUGUGGAAUAUUUUGCUGAAUGUUCCUUAUGUCCACAUAACGAAACAUAUGUACGAGUGCAGGCAGGAACGGAUGAUCCAAAACAGAUUGGUGAUAAAGGAAAAUGGUUCAACGAGUCACUGAUGCCAAUUCAUUUCACUGUAUAUUCCAAUGACUCGACGCUUGUUGAUGCAUGGCGAAAUGUUGCAGAAGAAUGGCGCAAUAGUGUAACGGAUUCCAACGGUGAUGAAGUAAGCGAUGCUGGAAAUACUGAUGGUGAAAGCUUUUCAAGUAUUGAUGAUCUUUUAUUCGAUAUUGCUGAUCAAACAGAGACAUCUGUCGGAGCAGCAAAACCACUUGGUGAAGUUGACGAUGUUUAUAAGGAGCCAUUGACGUUAGCUAUUCCGAGAAGUGAAAGUGUACACUCGGCUGGUAGUUCCACAAGCAGUGGCCAAUCUACGCCAUCUUCAUCAAUUUCAACAUCGGCAAUGGAUAGUGAGGCUGAUUUCGCAAGGCUUGCUGAAAAUUUGGCAUUAAAAUCAGAUAGUCGAGGGGACUUCUCAUUUCAUCCUCCGAAUGAAUCUACUGCUGUAACCGAUUGUCAGUCCUCAGCAUUUCGUAGACUAUCAUCACAAUCCGGAAGUUCAACCAAUGCUACAAUCAGUAAGGCACCACCAUCAAAAGGAACUGCUAUUAAGGGUUUGGCUCAUUUAGCAGAUUCAGGUGAAAAAGUUCUCGGGCCACAAUUCAUGAGUGCACUCAAUGGAUAUGCGGAAAGAAGCCAUGAUAUGUUAAAUCAGGUUUUACAUCGUACAGCUCCUAAAGCUCAAGCUAUACGCGAUAAAGCUGUUCGUCCGAUUGCUUUGGCUGCAGCAAAUCGAGUAGAGCAAAGCCAACAUCUUGUGAGGACAAAAAGUAGCAUAAUUGGCAACAAAAGUACUAAUGCUGCUGCACAACAAAGCAAGAAUCAACAAACUGUUCGUGAAAUAUGUGAUCAAAUCCUAGCUGGUCAAGGAGUUGGCGUAUUCACAUAUCCAAAACUGAAACGAUUAAUGGAAGAUGAAAGUUUGAGGCAACUUGUUUGUUCCAAAUUAAACCUUGGUCUUGAUGUGCAACAUUUUGAAGAUGACUUCAUACAAGAUAUGCAGUUAACUCGAAAUCAGUAUAAGGGAUAUUUGAAAGCUUUGCAAACAUGCAUUGCUGGUCUGGAGUAUUCAUAUAAUUCAUCUGGUUCCAAUGGUCUAGCCUCAUUAUUUCAUGUGCUUGAAAUUGCCCAUUCACAUUAUUGGACCAAAGAGACCGAAGUAACGUCACCAGCAAGUGCAUCUGGAAGUUUGCUUAAUACUCCAUCCUCAUCGUUAUACGAUGUACAACGACAACAGCAUGAGAUUUUGUCACCAUUACGUCCACCACCAAUUCCGAUCGGACCACCACUAUCUCUACCAUUGCCUGGAAGUCAAGCUCCUAAACCUCCCAUUCCACCACGUAUUUCACAUGAAAUAGUACUACCUACUGGUCCACCACCACCACUUCCACCACGACCGGUGGUAGUUCGUCAAAAUGUAUGUGAUGAUGCGCGGUCAGUAUCGAAGUCUAAUGUCCAACCAAAAAAUUUGGAAGAAGUAGCGAAGGCAAAUAGUAUUUCAUCGGAUACCAAAAAAUCGGAAUCAAAACUGAAUCUGGAUAAUAAAACAGAAACAAGUUCAACUAUAUCAGAACGUUCAUCAUUCACUUCAACCAUUAAAUCCCGUCUUCACGUACAACCACCGGAUAGUUUGUCAUUUGAUUCAACAACUUCAUCGCGUGUUUCAUCUGAUAUAAAGCCAAUUCGGCACUUCAUUUAUCAGGAUUUAAUAUUGCCUUCACCGAAUCCGUUGUGGCAAAAGAUGGGUUUUUGGGAAAAUGCAUUUUUCGAUGUGGUUGCACAAGAACGCGAUAUUAUAGGAAUGGAUCAAGAACCAUGUGAAAUGAUUGAUAGAUAUUGUAGUUUGUCAGAAUCUGAAAAACGCCGUCUAGAAUUAGACGAAGAUCAUCUGUUAUCUACCUUACUUCAUAAUUUAACAUCCUAUAUGAUUAUGUGCGGUGGAGGUCAACGAACUGUUCAACAGAAAAUACGGCGAUUGUUAGGUAAAGCUCAUAUUGGUUUGGUUUAUUCAAAAACGAUCAAUCAACUUCUGGAUGAUCUUCCAAAAACUCAAAGUAAUGGGAUACCGUUGAAACCACUUGGAAGUCGUCUUAUUCAAAAACAGUCGUUUACUGUUCAUGAAGGAGCUACAGCGCAAGAUCCGCUGAUGUUUAUGGAGGUAUGCGAUGAUGCGGUGGUGCUUCGAGCAGUAACAGGUGCAAUUACAGAACGAUGGUGGUAUGAACGUGUAGUGAAUAUGACGUAUUCGCCCAAAACACGUGUUUUAUGCUUAUGGCGGCGACAUGAGGGAAAAGUGCACAUGCAUAAGUUUUAUACAAGAAAGUGUCGCGAACUGUAUACUGCAAUGAAGGAAGCGAUGGAGCGAGCUGCAAUACGAGGUAAAGUUACAUUAUCUGGACGAGAUUUGGGUGGCGAAUUUCCGGUUCAGGAUAUGGAAUCAAAUCAAGGUGGAUUACUACAAGUGCGAAUAGAUGGUAUAACGUUGCUUUUCGAAGAGAGACAGCAUUUCGUUGAAUUGAGCAAUAUUAAAAAAUGUAAUACCUUUGGUGGGAAUGUAUUUGUUCUUGAAGAAUAUGAUCGUAAAAAGAAUGAGCUAAUACAAAGGCGUUAUUUAUCACAAAUGGCUGAUCAAAUCUGUUAUGCGGUUCUGUGCGUUUUUUCGAUCGUUGCUGCAGGACGUCGAACAAGUGAUAUGAAUAAAAGGAGUAUGAAAUUUCCAAAAAAUAAAUUGUCACUGACACAUUUCUCAUUAAAACCGGAACCGUAAAUGCUGAUGAUUACAU